ACCUCCUUCCCUCUUGGCCCAAUUGUCCUACUGGCAGGCUAAAUUCAGAAGUUCUUCAUGUCAAAUCCUCAAAGGGUAGUUGAAUGUAGCUAUUCUUGUAAGGGGAAGAUGGGAGAAAUCUUUUCAGCAACAUGGCCAUUCAUGAUCAUGACGUUGCUGUUUGUUAUCUUCCUUGCAAAACUUGUUUUUAGUAAGAUUGUAAGAAAAAGGGCAUACAGGCUGCCACCGGGAAGCAGAGGCUGGCCGCUGGUCGGUGAUAGCUUCAGCUGGUACAAUGCGGUUGCAAGUUCUCAUCCCCCUCGCUAUGUUGAACAACAAGUCAAAAGGUUUGGCAAAAUAUUUUCUUGUAGCAUAUUUGGCAAUUGGGCUGUGGUAUCUGCAGAUCCAACUUUUAAUCGGUUUGUAAUGCAAAAUGAAGGGAAGUUGUUCCAUUCAAGUUAUCCAAAAGCUUUCAGAGAUUUGGUUGGCAAAAAUGGGGUAAUCACAGUACAAGGAGAGCAACAGAGGAAACUCCAUGGAAUUGCUUCCAAUAUGAUGCGUCUGGACAAGCUAAAGUCCCAUUUCUUGAAUGAUAUUCAGAAGGUUAUGCUUCAUACAUUUAACAGUAUCCACAACAAUCAAAUCAUACUUCUACAAGAUCUAGCUAUUAAUCUUAUGGUUAAUCAACUACUUGGAGUAUUAAGUGAAUCAGAGAUCAAUGAGAUGGCUCAACUUUUCUCUGACUUCGUUGAUGGCUGUCUGUCUGUUCCAGUCAAUAUGCCAGGAUUUGCAUACCACACUGCCAUGAAGGCAAGGGAGAAAAUAAUAAGCAAGAUAUACAGGACAAUUGAAAAGUGCAAGCAACAAGGUGCAUCAGAAGUUGGCAAUGGCAUGCUUGGAAGACUAGUUGAGGAAGAGAGCUUACCUGAUGAAGCUGUGGCAGACUUCAUUAUUAAUCUCCUCUUUGCUGGAAAUGAAACAACUGCUAAAACGAUGCUUUUCGCAGUUUAUUUCCUCACACAACAUCCUAGAGCAUUGAAACAGCUUCUGGAAGAGCAGAACAGUGUUAGAGCUAACUCCCCUGAUGGCAUGCUCACAUGGCAAGAUUACAAAGCAAUGCCAUUCACUCAAUGUGUUAUUGAUGAAACACUUCGCCUUGGGGGAAUUGCAAUCUGGCUAAUGAGGGAGGCAAAAGAAGAUGUUACAUACCAAGGUACAUACAACUUUGUUAUUCCCAAAGGAUGCUUUGUGGUCCCAUUUAUUUCAGCUGUUCAUUUGGAUGGAAAUUUGUACAAGGGAGCUACCUCAUUCAACCCCUGGAGAUGGAUGGACCCUGAAAAUGAGGAAAAGAGAAAUUGGAGAAGUAGCCCAUUCUACUCCCCCUUUGGAGGAGGCGCUCGGUUUUGUCCAGGGGCAGAGCUGGCUCGCCUUCAAAUUGCUCUUUUUCUACACUACUUUGUAACUACAUACAGGUGGAUCCAACUGAAGAAAGAUCAGAUGUCUUUCUUCCCCUCUGCUCGGUUAAUGAACGGUUUUCAGAUUCGCCUGAUUAAACGACAUGAAGAAAUGAAAAUAAUGUGAAGGAAGGAUAAUAAUUUCUUGAUUUUUUUUUCUUGUUUUAUUUAUUCUCUGUUUGUAAUUAUGUUACACACCUUGUAAUAUUUUUAGAAUGAUCUGUAAAUUUGCUUUGAACACAUCUAUGAACAUAGCAAACGUAUAAUCGGAUUUGUUCGAUUAAAUACAAGUUCAAUCA